GGGGGGGGGGUGGAGAGAGAGGAAGAGCGAUUGAGAAGGAGGGACUGGUAACUCUCCGCAUGUCUGGAAGGGGGCGAGCUGUCUCCAGACACAGGUGAUGGGCGUUUCGGCGGCCUGCUAGGGUUUCACUUCGCUGCGAUCUAAGCAAAUAUGCAGAAGUACCGGCUGGUUUAGUCCUGCGAAAGCCAAGGAAGGCAACGCGCAGGAGAAGCGAGCGAGCCAGAGGAGCGAGAGAGAUCAGCUGCAAAGCCCCCUUUUCCCCCACCACCACCCGCGUUUUUUAUUUUUUAUCUUUUGGAGAGCGGGGUGGGGUGGUGGUGGGGAAACCAAGAACCGCCACCCCCUUGUAAGCCUCCUCUUCCUUCUCCCCGUGGCGCCUCUACCCGAGGAGAGAAACCCCGCGCGCAAAAGGAGACCCCGAUCGAUCCUCUGUGAAAUCAAUAAAUCCAAAGAGAGCCGCCCCCCCAAUCCUCCCCGCCGCCACCCCGAUCAGCGCCCAAGCCGGAGAGAACUCCACACCGGUGUGGCGAUCCCUCUGAGGGAUGGUUGUUAUUUUCCCAGCCCAGGGAGGCGGGCUGGUGCUCCUCCUUCGCAGCCCCGUUGAAUUGUAUUCCUGGCUACAGUGCAUGAGACCGCGAUGAGGACCUGGGCAGGAUUUUGGCUCAUAGGCUUGUGCUACCUGGCCCUCGUGCUGGCGGAGGAAGCUGAGAUCCCUCAAGAGGUGAUUGAAAGGCUGGCUCACAGCGAGAUCCACAGCAUCCGUGACCUGCAGCGCCUCCUGGAGAUUGACUCCGUAGGAUAUGAUGAUCCGUCAGAGACAAACUUGAUACCGCAUAGCAUUCACUCUGUCAAACACGGGCAAGAAAAUCGUCCCAGACCUAUUCGCAGGAAAAGAAGUGUUGAGGAAGCCAUUCCUGCCGUCUGCAAAACGCGAACCGUUAUAUACGAGAUACCUCGGAGUCAGAUCGACCCGACGUCUGCUAACUUUCUGAUAUGGCCGCCGUGCGUGGAGGUGAAGCGUUGCACGGGCUGUUGCAACACCAGCAGUGUGAAAUGCCAGCCGUCACGGAUACACCACAGAAACGUCAAGGUGAGGAGAAAUGGAACUCAGGUGCAGCGGUGCGGGCGGGUGGGUGUUUUGAGGGAAGAGGGGGUUCAGCAUUUUGUUCGGAUCCUGUCGUUUUCAUUUUUCUCGCCUUGGCAGCCAAGGGAGGUUAUUCGGUUGUUUCUGUUUUGAUUUUGGUUAUGUAUU